CUGCAGUGCCAGGGUACACUGCAUGUGCAGUGACUUCUGGCUGCUAGACGCUGACUCCAGCUCAAUGACUUCACCAAUUGAUCCUGAAACCUGUGAGUGGAGAGUUAGCAGGAUGGUCUCUUGAGGUUCUGUACUCAUCUUUCUGACGUCACCUUUGGAACUAGGCAAAUAGGAAACCUAACCUCGCCUCCGUCACCAGUUUAUGUCCUUAGAAAAAGCCAGGUCUCUUCACUUCAGUUUGAUAUGGCUCUCCAGAAAUUCCUGCAAGUGGGCAAUCCACCUGUAGUGUUUGUGCAACGGGAAGAGUCAAUAAGUGAAAUCUCUCCAUGUGGAAGGGAUUAUUUUGUAACUCUCUGGGUAGAAGGGCAUGACUCCCUUUCCCCUGUGUCCUUACUUUGCUGUAAAGAGAUCUGAAAGCUGCUUGAGUCACAGUCUGCAAGCGUUUCCUAGUGCCUCUACAAACAACACGUGUGAACACAAGUGGGUGUGCUGGGUGCCUAUAAAGUCACCAUGCAGAGCCUGGCAUGGGAGAGCGCACCACUGAGUUCCUGCUUUCCGCUCAGCCGUGCUGUUGUGAUGGGGCUGCAGGCUGGGACAUGCCUGCUCCAUGGGAACCUCAUCCUCCUGCCCAUGGUGGUGGCAAUGCUUCUCCUCUGUGUGAGUGCAGGUCCAGGAGUGCCCACCGCCAGCUCGCGGAGUGUUCCUAUUGCAGGAUUCCCCAGAGACUGCAGCCACCUCCGCAAGACCAGCCCCAGCGGGGUGUACGUCAUCCAGCCAGCAGGGUCCCCUCCCCGCGUGGUGUGGUGUGACAUGGACACCGAAGGCAAGGGCUGGACUGUUGUCCAGAGAAAUUCUCAUGACACUGAGAUUGCAUGGAAGCAAUCCUGGACCACCUACAAGUACGGCUUCGGGAACGUGCAGGGCGACCACUGGCUGGGCACCGAGUACCUGCACCUGCUUACGCAGCAGGGCACCUACAAGGUCCGCUUCGUCGUGCGGGACAAAGCCAACGUCACUCACUACGCUGAGUACGACAUCUUCAGAGUGGAGAGUGAGAGCAGCGGGUACCCGCUGAGGCUGGGCCGGUUUUCUGGUGAAGGGGAUGACUAUCUGACUGGCUACUACCCCAAGAAGGGCGGCAUCCAUGACAACAUGAAGUUCAGCACGGUGGACAAGGACCAGGACCAGUACAGCGGGAACUGCGCCAGCAGCUAUGGGGGGUGGUGGUAUGACAGAUGCCAGAAUGUUGUGCUCAAUGCCAAAAAGUACAUCCUCUGGCCAGGAUUCUGUGAUAAAGGCGACUGCACAUCGUCCCUCAUCCUGGUCAAACCCACCGACGUGUGCUGACUGUGCCGGAGGUUGGGGGAGUGCCACUGUCCCGAGCCCCGUGCCCCGUCCCUGUGCCUGCCAGCCCUGUGCCAGCCCCGCUGGGUGCCCCAUGCCACCUGCAGCUCCCGCACAGCCACCAGCUCCAACACCGCGGCUCUGGG